GGCAAACAAGCUGUUCAACCCCUUUUUCUAUGAAAGUGGACUCUUCCAACCGAUGAAGCGGUAUUCUCUCAUUUCGGCGUUAAGGCGGGGAAAUUUCUCGUGUUGUGAGCAAACAUCACUCUAUACAUACAUACACAUAACAUAGACUUACUACAACAUAUUUAUAUACAAACAGACGCACACAUAUAUACAUACACACGCACGCAUCCCAAGCAGUUCAGCUACAGAGUGCAUAAAUAGAUAUAAAUAUAAUAUACAUACAUAGCUAACUAUACGCGCACGUGUUCUUUGUGAAGGAGCUAUUACCGUAUCGCGUGCACAAAUUAUAUUCUAUAUAUGUGUAUAUAAUAUAUAUAAUAUUGUAUCGACACAUAUAUAUUGUAUAUGUAUGUGUAAGUCUUACCGGCUGGGAUAUUUACGCACACACACACACGCAGCUACAUAAGUGUACACACACAUUUAUAUACACUUACAUACAGUGAAAUCACUGUAGCUCCUUGUUAACCAUCUUUAAGGAUAUCGAAAAGGUUUAAUUGAAAACUGGUGAAUUGUUUAAGAUUAUUGUCUCAGACCCGUCUACAGUUAUGGCUGGAGCUAUAUGGAGAUAUUUCCUGGAGUUAGUGAGGAUGGGAGGAAAAACUAGCAAAGCAAAGCGGAAAGACAGCGCCAAGGAAAAUGAAGGAGUCGCAGAAGCAGUAGAAGACAAGGAAACUCCACAGAAUUCCACAGAGAAAACUGUGGAAGAUGUCACAACAAACGAAGUGGCAGAAGAAGCCAAAGAAAGCACCAAACCUACAGAAGAUUCCCAGAAAGCACAAGAAUCGGCUGUUUCUGAGUCACAAGCAUCGGAAAAUGGUAGCGCUGAACCAUCUUCUUUUACAGAAACAAUUAUGAAUGAAGUGGAUGCUGUGGCAGCACAGGUUAAGGAAUCAGUCAAGUGUGAAACUGAGAGUAAAGAGGUGGAGAAAGUGUCUGAAAAGGUCGAGGAGGUCGUUGCUGCUGUCGAAACUGUGACAGAAUCCGCACCAGCAGCAGUGGCAGCAGCAGUGUCUGAAGUGGUUGUAGAAUCUGUACCAGAGAUAGUCCCAGAACCUGUCCCAGAACCAGUGCAAGAAUUAGUUCCAGAACCAACUCCAGUUCCAGCACAGGAAUCUAUCCCAAAACCAGAAUCUGUUCCUGAAACUGAAUCUGUCCCAGAACCAGCAUCAAUCCCAGAACCCAUCCCUGAACCAGAACCCAUCCCAGAGCCAGAAUCACUCCCAGAGCCAGAAUCACUCCCAGAGCCAGAAUCACUCCCAGAGCCAGAAUCACUCCCGGAGCCAGAAUCACUUCCGGAACCAGAAUCACUCCCAGACCCAAUCCCAGAAGAAGAUUCACUUCCAGAACCACCUCUGGACAAACUCCCAGAACCCCUGACAGCUACUCUCAUAGAAAUAGUUCCAGAAUCAGCUCCCAUUCCUGUUUCGGAGCCAGAACCAGAGCCUGAGCCGAGCAAUGCUACAGAUCCAGAAGUGACUGUCGAAUCAGAAUGCCAUGAAGAAGGAGGAAUGGGCGAUGAAAGUAAGGUUAAUGAAGAACUAGACACAGAGGAAGCAGUUACCAAGACAACUGAAGAGGAAAAGGUAGCAGAAGUGCCUGAAACUGAAGAACCAUUAAUUGAGGUCAGUGGCGAGAAGUGUUCUGUUGAGAUACGCUGGGAUGAAGAAGCUGAGAAAGUCUUGUUGGCUGGAUCUUUCAACAAUUUUGAGGAACAUUUAACUUUAAAUAAGAUUGAAGAGGCUUUCAUGCUCAACCUUGACCUUGAAGCUGGCGAAUAUUUAUAUCGCUUCCUUGUCGAUGAUGAAUGGAAGAUCAACACGAACCAGCCAAUAAAGUCCAACUCUGAAGGAACCGAGUUUAAUGUGUUAACUGUCCAGAAAUCUUGAGACCUGACUGA